AUGGCCCCUAGUCCCCAGCAGGCCUUAAGUGGUCAAGGGGUGCAAAAAAACGUGAUAUUCAAAAGAAAAGCAGAAGAUGCGAAAAACGAAGGCGCCUUGUUGACAUUUUUAGCGAAACGACCGGUAACCCCAUCAUCAGAAACUACUCAAACAGAAAUAACAGCUGGUAAUCAAAGUGCAGUCGUCUCGGCAACAGCCAGUAUGGAUUCUGAGUCCUAUCCAACAGAAUUGCCAGAAUCUGAACCGCCGGCUGAAGGAACAAAAACCCUGGGUUAUAUAAAUUCCCUAUAUAAACUGCAACAAGUACUGUGUUAUACACAUUCUCAAGAUAAACUGCAACAAGUGCUGAAUAUGAUUGAAAAAUCGAAAUAG